UUGAUCCCAUUAACACGAACAGAGCAAAAACCCACCUUUCUAUAUCAAUUUCGAACUCAAAACAAGAAGAAAGGAGAAGCAUUUUAAACCCUAGGGGUCAUGAUCGUAUGCUCCAAGGUCUAUUGUAAUCGCCACCAUGAUCAAUACUUCCAACGGUAUGAUGUCAACGACUUCGUCGAGCAACGCUCAGUCACCGGGUCUCAAGACCUAUUUCAAGACCCCAGAGGGAAGGUACAAGCUUCACUACGAGAAAACCCACUCUUCGGGUCUCCUUCACUACGCUCAUGGCAAAACCGUCACUCAGGUGACAUUAGCACAUCUUAAAGACAAGCCUGCUCCAUCAACCCCGACUGCAUCAUCUUCAAGCUUCAGCACUGGCAGUGGUGUACGUUCGGCUGCAGCAAGGUUGUUGGGUGGUGGUAAUGGGAGCCGGGCACUUAGCUUUGUUGGAGGGAAUGGAGGGAGUAAGAGUGUCAGUGUGAGUAGUAGAGUUGGGUCUUUGGUGGCUUCCAGUUCAAGUAGUUCGACUUCUACUUCAAAUUUUGAUGGGAAAGGGACUUACUUGAUCUUCAAUGUGGGGGAUGCAAUCUUCAUUAGUGAUUUGAAUUCUCAAGACAAGGAUCCAGUAAAGUCUAUACAUUUCAGUAAUUCAAACCCUGCGUGCCACGCAUUUGAUCAAGACGCAAAGGAUGGUCAUGAUUUGAUUAUUGGGUUGAAUUCUGGCGACGUCUACUCAGUGUCACUCAGACAGCAAUUGCAGGAUGUUGGAAAGAAGCUUGUUGGUGCUCAGCAUUAUAACAAAGAUGGCUCUAUUAGUAGCAGCCGUUGUACUAGUAUUGCAUGGGUUCCUGGUGGUGAUGGUGCUUUUGUUGUUGCUCACGCUGAUGGGAAUCUAUAUGUAUAUGAAAAGAGCAAAGAUGGGGCAGGCGAUUCUUCAUUCCCUGUUAUCAAAGAUCAAGCUCAAUUUUCUGUUGCACAUGCACGUUACAGUAAGAGUAACCCAAUUGCCAGAUGGCAUAUCUGCCAUGGUUCAAUUAAUAGUAUUGCUUUCUCAACUGAUGGGGCCUUUUUAGCAACUGUUGGAAGAGAUGGUUAUCUACGCGUUUUUGACUACUCAAAAGAGCAACUUAUAUGUGGCGGCAAAAGUUACUACGGUGCUCUCUUGUGUUGCGCUUGGAGCAUGGAUGGAAAAUACAUACUGACAGGAGGUGAAGAUGAUUUAGUUCAAGUUUGGAGCAUGGAAGAUCGGAAAGUUGUAGCAUGGGGAGAGGGGCACAACUCUUGGGUCAGUGGAGUGGCUUUUGAUUCAUAUUGGUCAUCACCAAAUUCAGAUGGUAUGGGGGAGACUAUCAUGUACCGGUUUGGUUCCGUCGGUCAGGACACCCAGUUGCUUCUGUGGGACCUGGAAAUGGAUGAGAUUGUGGUGCCAUUGCGGCGAUGCCCUCCUGGUGGCUCCCCCACUUAUAGUGCUGGAAGCCAGUCAUCUCAUUGGGACAAUGCACUUCCAGUGGGUACUCUGCAGCCUGCUCCAAGCAUGCGAGAUGUUCCAAAAAUCUCACCACUGGUUGCUCACCGUGUACACACUGAACCCCUCUCUGGCUUGAUGUUUACUCAAGAAUCUGUUCUCACUGUCUGCCGAGAAGGGCAUAUAAAAGUUUGGAUGAGACCCGGGGUUUCAGAAAGCCAAUCAAACAACUCUGAAACUGUGUUAAGCACCAGCUUGAAGGAGAAGCCUUUAUCCUCAGGCAAGGUUGGUAGUUCCAGUUACAAGCAAUGACCAGACUGUCAUCAAUUGAAGACACAAAUGCAAAACAAGCUUCGACAUUUUUUUUUCCGAAAUUUUUUCCCCAUUGGGUUACAGUUCCAUUUGCCUGUGUAGCCAAUUUUCUUUUGUCAUCCAGUUGGUUUUUCCAGAAAUAGCACUUUGUAAGCGUAAUCUGACCGGCAUUGCCAUGCAACCAACUGAUUAUAUUGUAUAGACAAAAAUGUCAUUGAAGGCAGUAAGAGGCUGGGAGGGAGAAAAACCCCCAUUUGUAAGUACAAAACGGCUUUUGCUAGAGUAUAUUUACUGACCUACAGGAAUGAUAUGAUGUUGCUCCCUUGAGAUCUGUUUCAUCC